AUGUUACAAAUAGGUUUUGGUUGGGCUGCCUUUGGCAUUGUAGCAAUAUGCACAGUGCUAUUGAAUAUAAUCAUUAUCAAAUACUACUCUGAUAAGCAUCAGUCGGAGAAGUUCACGACAAUUGUAUCGAUCAUUGGACUGACCACUGCAUUGCUUUGUGUCAUGAUCAUUCCAGUCGAUAUCUUGAACGUCUCGACAAUGUCAAACUCACUUGGAAACAUCACCAUCUCACAGAAUGAUAUUGAUCAACGCAAUCUCUCGCUUAGAAUCUUCUAUUAUGCGUUCUAUGGUUUCACAUUGUUGUUUGCCUUGGUCAUGAUGCCAUUUGCCUACUUCUACUACGAGGAGGAGGAUGAGGCAAGUGGAGUGACAACUGGCGCCAGGAUCCUUGGCGCAUGUAAAUAUACCUCGUUCACCAUCGUCUUUGCUAUUGUUCUGUUUAUCGUUGGUGCCUUCAUCCGCCCCGGCUCCAACAAGCCAGUGGACAACCAGAAUGCAAAGGACUGGUUGGAGCAAGAGUUGCUCAAUCAGAACGCAGCCGUCUCGUCCAUGAUAUUUGCCAUUGCCUGUCUCACCAUUCUUGGCUUCCUCGUAUGGUUCGUCUUCACCGCUUUUGGUCUCUCAGCCUUCCCCAUCGGUCUCAUCAAGGGCCGUCGCAGAGUCAGCGACGAUCGUCACGAUAUCACCGAGAACAUCUACAAGACUCGCGAGAAGGCCAACUACUACUCGUCCAAAUACGCCAGCGGCAAGGCCAUGUCUGCCAACGAGGAGCAGACACUCAGCCUGCUCAAGUCCAAGGAGAGAGUACUCCAGAAGCACUCGAGCAGACUCGACGCCUCCAACUCUGGCAUCAGAAAGAUCUUGGUCGUUGUCAGACCAUUCACCUUUAUCUUUGGAUUCAUCUUCCUCCUGAUCUCACUGCUGCUCAUCAUCUCAAUCGUCCUGUCAAUCAUUGACAAGCUGUCCAGCUCAGUCUGUGGUGCUGCAUGUGGAUUCCUCACCGACUAUCCCAAGCUCAAGAACCCAAUCGACCUCAUGUUGUCCGCUUCUGCUCCAUACUUCCCAUUGGACUACAUUCUUCUUGGUCUACUCAUUCUCUACGUGUACAUUGCAACACUCUCAGGCAUUGUGAAGAUUGGUAUUAGAUUCCUUUGGAUCAAGCUGUACGAGUUCACACCAUCAAGGACUGCACCACAGGCUUUGCUCAUUGCCUCGGUGAUCCUGAUGCUCUCCAACCUGUGUCUAAACAUCCAGAUCGUGCAGCUGGCACCACAAUACGCCAUGUUUGGCACUCAAGUCUGGUACAACGUCACCAGCAACGCGAUUGAGUCGUGCACCAUCAACGCACCACCAUCAGCAUGUGUUAUGACUCAGAUCGGUCUGCUGAUCUCGCGUGUCGAGAUGGGCACCAGCUUCUUUGGAGUCAUCUUCUAUUAUGCCACCUGGGGCAUCGUUGCCGCCUUCAUCAUUGGUUCCAUCAUCUCUAUUAUCAGGAAGCCAAAGAGCAACAUUGUUGCCUAUGGUGAUGACAGUGAUGAGGAAAUAUAA